AUGGGUCAAAAGAACAAGGGAGGCGCCAAGGGCGGUGGCGAUGUGGCGGCCCUGCCGACGCCGUCCGUCAAAUUCAACCCCAAGGACAUGACGGACCCGUUCGAGCUCCUGGACAUGUGCGUGGCCGCGCUCCACGACAAGCUCGCCUCCCCCGCCACGCGCGAGGCGGCCAUGGCGUCGCUCGUCGGCGCACUCGAGGGGGUCGUUCCACUCGACGAGACUACCGACGGCAGGUGCCUCGUCAUCUUCGCCAUCCGCGGCGCCUCCAUCAAGAAGGCCGGCACUUCCUCCGCCCCUGCGGCCACCAGGGAGGCCCGCCUCGCGUACCGCGCUGUCGACCUCCUCGCGUUCACGCUCCGCAAAGGCGGCGCCACGGAGAUCAUGGACGAGUCGUUCCCGAUGCUCUCCCGGGCGCUCCAGGUCCAGGCGUCACAGAACGAAGAGCCAAUGCUGAUCGCCGCGUUCGACUGCCUCGCCGCCGUCACCUUCGCAGGCGCGCUGGGCACGGAGGAGGCGGAGCGGCCGCUCAAGGCCAUCUGGGGCGUGAUAUUCCCAGAGGACUUUUACAGUUCUCUAUUCUCAAGCUCAAGCUCAAGCUUAAGAUCUCCCAAGAUCUCGACGAAGACGAGCCCGCUGGUGGUGGCCGCGACCGUGUCCGCGUGGACGUUCCUUGUCACCACCGUCACGGACUCGCAGCGGAAGGCGGACCGCGCCGCCUGGAACGCCACCAUCGCGUCCCUGGCCAGUCUCCUUGAGGCCGACGACCGCGCCGUCCGGAUGGCCACCGGCGAGGCGCUCGCCGUGUGCGUCGAGCUCAACCUCACGCAGCACCUCCCGCGCAAGGACAUGGAGGCGCUGCAGGCCAGGGUAUCCGACCUCGCCGCGGAGGCCGGCGGCAAGGGCGCGGUCAAGACGCUGCUCCCCGAGCAGAAGGACCUCUUCCGGCAGAUCGCCGCCUUCAUGGAGCGCGGCGAGCGGCCCAAGAAGUCGGUGCGGACGUCGUCGGACCGCCGUGAGUCGAUCAAGGUGUCAACGUGGGCGAAGCUUGUGCAGCUCAACUUCCUGAGCAGGUUCCUCGGCAACGGCUUCCUCAGCCACAUCAAGGGCAACAAGCUAUUCAAGGAGUCCUUCACCAUCGGCGCUGACGAUCGCAAGAUGCUGUCCAUAGCCAAGAAGAAGGUAGAGAGCAAGACGAGGCAGAAGAGUAUGAAGAUGAACCGUGAGAUGGCGUGGGAGACGAAGAACAUUUUCCUCCUCCCGCAAGGAAGAGCUCCGGACAGCACCAAACCGGAGCAGAUGCUGCAGCUUGGUUGGCACUGA